ACACACCUGAUUUCGCUUUCCUUUAUUAUAUAUACCAUCUUUCCCACCUCUAUAUAUACACACACAUAUACACAUACAAACACAAAACCUCUUCUUCUAUUUCACCUCAUAUAUAUCUUCCAAUAAAGGACCAAAACAAAAAGAAGAACAAACAAACAAACACCAUGGCCUCAUCAACCAAUUUCUCAUUGGUUCUCUUCUUUGCUUGCUCUCUCUUCCUCCAAGGAACUCUAGGUGAGAUUAUAUGUGAGAAUCUGCCUACGGAUAUUUGUUCGUAUUCGAUUGCAUCAUCCGGGAAGAGGUGUUUGUUGGAGAACUACGCGACGGAAGAUGGGAAGGUGGAGUACCAGUGCAGGACAUCAGAGGUGGUGGUGGAGAGGAUGGCGGAGUACAUAGAGACCGACGACUGUGUCAGCUCAUGUGGCGUCGACAGAAACUCCGUCGGAAUCUCAUCCGAUGCUUUGCUUGACCCACAAUUCACUGCCAAGCUUUGCUCCCCCAACUGCUACCAGAACUGCCCCAACAUUAUUGAUCUUUACUACAAUUUGGCUGCCGGAGAAGGAGUGUUUUUACCAGAUCUGUGUGAGAAACAAAGGACUAACCCUCGCCGCGCCAUGAUUGAACUCUUGAGCUCUGGUGCUACCGCUGGUCCUGUACCUGCAGAAUUGGCGCACCAUCAAGCCAUGGCACCCGUGAUGGCACCUGCUCCAGCUUCUAUUUAAUUACGUUAUCAUAUCAAAUUUUAAAUCAUUUUUCACAUAAAUAUAUCUGUAUUAUUUUUAUUAAUGAGAGUGGAAUACAUCAUAUUAAUAAUUUUCUGCAGCUUUCCUGUAUACAUCAUAUCAUUUCUAUUCAUGGAAUCAUUUUCAGUUGUUGUC